AUGACUGGUCCAGCACAGAAUGAACAAAACAAUGCCAAUGUAGAGAAAAUACCAUUGCCACUGUCUCCACAGAAUGCUGUUUCUUCAAACAAUAGCAACGUAUCUAUUCAAGAGAAAGAUGGCAGUAUCCAAGAAGUAGAAGAGAAUCCAGGCAAUAAUAAUUGCACUCAAUAUGCCAAACGUCAUACACCAUAUCACAAGGAAUAUUAUAUGUGUGAUGUGUGUUUUCAAUAUGAUGGCGAACUUGGUGUAGUAUUACUAAGAUAUGUUCAUGACGUUCAUGUGCAUGCACCAGUCUGCGAUGUUAUCAGCUCCUUAAAAAAAAUGAAUCCAGACAAACUUCAGCGUGCUGAAGGUUGCGCUCUGAUGUUUCAAAGAUGGCCUUUCCUGAUCCAAAUUUUCGGUUCUGUAGCAAAGACUUUUAAUGAAAUAGCUUUACAAGCUUUGUACAAUAAGAUGGAUGACCAGAAUGACACAGGUAAAGACCUUGAAAGUGAAAAAUUGGACUUACAAGAUAUAUUCACAUGGCAAAAGCGGAAUACAGAUAUGUCACUGAAAAAAAUUAUAGGGCUUUGUGUGAGGAAUGCAGUACCAAAUAACAAUAUUAAUUAA